AUGAAAACCCUAAAGAAACAGUGGUUAGAAGUACUGAGCAUCUACCAGUAUGUGCUCUGUUUCAUCUUCCUGGGCCCUGUCUUUUCCCUUCUUGGCGUCUUCCUCCUCUUCACCUCGCUCUGGUGUUUCUCUCUUCUCUACUUGGUAUGGUUAUUCCUGGACUGGGACACACCCCAGCAAGGAGGAAGGCAUUCUCAGUGGAUGAGGAAUUGGAUUGUUUGGAAACACCUGAGGGAUUAUUUCCCCACUAAGCUGGUGAAGACAGCAGAGCUGCCCCCAGACAGGAACUACGUGCUAGGGUCCCACCCACACGGGAUCAUAGCCAUCGGAAGCUUCUGUAACUUCGCCACGGAGGGCACUGGCUCCUCGCAGCAGUUCCCAGGGAUUCGGUUCUCACUGGCCGUGUUGAAUGGCCUCCUGUACAUGCCAGGCCAUCGAGAGUACUUUCUGUCCUGUGGAGUAUGUUCUGUGAACCGUCAGAGCCUGGAUUUUGUUCUGUCUGAACCACAGCUCGGCAGGGCUGUGGUCAUCGUGGUCGGAGGGGCCAAUGAGGUCCUGUAUGCCGUCCCAGGGGAGCACUGCCUCACUCUCCGGAAUCGUAAAGGCUUCAUCCGCCUGGCACUGAGGCACGGGUGA